GACAUUUAUCUGUUGAAAACGGAUUAUGGACCUUUAAGGCCAUUUUUAGACUCCGAUCACGUGGGUUGUAGGAAGCGUGGUGUUGCCAAGAGCGACAACCACCUUACGCCUUACCGAGACAUAUAAACACAAACAAGUAGAACUGUUUUUUCUCAGUUUUCGACAUAAUCACUUAACGUAAAUAUAUUAUAGGACUGUCGGUAAUUUUUUUAUUUGAUUAUAUGUUGGUUUUAUUUCAAGAAUCACAUAACUGUCAUGUACAAACGCAACAAUAAUGACAUUUAGCGCAUGGAUAUCUGCCACGAACGGUCUGCUGGUGUUGAGGAAGCAUGCUGUUUUUGUUAUAAAUUGGGGUGUAUCAUCGUGUCUGUGGUAGAACUAACAUUUCUUAAUUUCUUAAUUUGAACAGACGAACUCAUCAUAUUUAACAUGUCAACGCCGGUGUCUUUAAGUAAAUUGGUAGAUUUGGCAUUAGGGACGCCUGAAAUAGGCGCUGUCAAUUUUAAUGUUUUGCAUUCACUGUUGCAUGCUAUGCUGAAACAGUUAAACAUUCAGGAUGUAAACACGGAUAUAGCCAGUGUCGAUCGUGAUUUUCUUGCAACGAGUUCACAAGAUAAAUAUUUAACCACACUUGGUGAACCUGAUUCUAAAACAGAUUCAAAGAUUGAUUCUAAAAUUGAUGAAAGCGAUUCUGUAUCCAGCCAGCCAAAAAAGGGGAGAGCUCCUUACCAUUGCCUUGAGAUGAAAGUUGAAAAGCUUGCUCAGCAACUGGAUGAAUUAAAUGCAUUACCAAGUAAUGACGAACUGUUUGAGAAGGCCAAGUUGGAACGAACCCGAUAUAUGGCUGACAUGUGGCAGUACAUGCAGCUAAAGAAAAGGAUAGAUGCAAAUGAAGAUGGAGUUGGAAAGCUGAUGUCCAUGAUUGAAGACCUGAUGAAACAAAUGGUAUCACUGAAGGAUGCAAACAACGACUUACAAAAUAAAGUUAAUAAUUUUAAUACAGAUGAUCUGGAUAAAAGAGUAAAUGACUUGGAAAAAUGUGUGCUUGAUAUGGAUGAUAUGAAGAAGAGGUUAAGUGAUUUGGAAAAAUAUCUGAAUGAUGUGAAUGACCAGCUCAGUUCACUUCCCAGAACUGAAGACUUACUGCUGCAGUUUGUCACAUGGCCGGGUUUGGAGGAGGCACUGAAGGGAGUCCGGGAUGAGAUGGGCAAUUUACCAACAAUAUCAAAGAUCUUCUUGGAGCACUCUAUGCAGACUGAUGAUGUGACAAGCCGACCUUCAACCGCCGGACCCCUGUCAGCCCGAUCAGAACAAGAAAAACCACCUGUAGUUCCAUCACCACGGCCAUCAUCUCGAAGUAUUUCCAGGACCAGUCUCGACAGUGCUACACACUCUGGACCAUCGCCCAAGCUUCUGGACGUCUUAGAAAAUCUUGGCUCAUUAACUGCUGAUCAUGCAGCCCUUAGACUCAGGGUAGAGAAACUGGAGGAAGAAAUGAAAAACAAGUUGGACAAAGGAGCCCUUGAUAGUCUUAGUGCAUCAAAUGACAUUUUGGAACAACUACAUAACCUAAUGAAGGAUAUUGAAAACAUGCAAAGCAUGCGUGAUAAGGAUGAAGACGCGAUUCGACGGAUCCAGGAGGCAGUGCUGCAGCUGCAGGCGGAAAACGAGAAGCUGCAGACAACCGCACAGGAGCUGAUUGAGGAGAACCAAGAGAAAGCAAAACACAUACAGAGUCUACAAAAGCAGUCUGAUAGCUUAGACGAAUUGAAAGCAGACAAAGAAUAUGUCGCUAUGGAGGUGGAUGUUAAAGCGGACAAGGGGCAGCUGGAUAAUAAAGUGAAUCAGACUCUGUUUGACUCUACAACCACUGACAUCAACAGAAUCAUUCAAGAGAUUCUUGACAAGUUGUCAGGCAAUGAGGACUCAUGGAAGGAUGCAUUAAAGGCUCUUGAGAAUGACAUUGACGGAAAGAUGGACCGGAUGGAACUGGAUUCUCUGAAGAACUGGCUCGAGAGACGACUGAAAGCACUCAAUAAGAAGAUAGAACAGAGCUCGGGUGGAUGGACUGACGAUGAUGCAGCUGGACUCCGCAAACAAUUAUUAAUGAGAUUCAACUGUUUAUCCUGUGAUCGACCUGUUGACAUAAUGCCCACUGGCCCAGUGGCAUCACUGCCAGCUCAAACCCCAAUGCCACCAACAAGAUCUCCUCGCCCAUAUACAACUUACGAACUGGAUCAAAUGCGACAGCAUCCCAGGAUUUACAAUGACAGUGACUACUACGCGACAGAACGUCAGUGUGGUGGUGGCCACACUAUAACAUUCCCGCACAAACGAACCACUCGUAUGUCACACCUAAAUGCUAUCUACAGAGAAGAAGCUGAUGCAGGGCCACCCGAGAAGGGUGAAGUGAAUGUACAGGGUGUAGAUGGUCACAUUUAUAAAGGCCGCAUGGAACGAAUGUCACUUGAGGCCAAACUGCGUGGCAGUGGUAUAUCACAGCAUCCCAAGUCGCCCUCCACCCACCAGCAGUCUGGGCGCAUAGUGCGUCCGAUGUCGGCCAGGAGCUUCCCGUUGUCCCCCCACCUCGUGCAGAGUCCUCGGCCACAGUCUGCCCUGCCAGGCUCAUCACGAGAAUCCAUCGACUCGCCACGCGUUGCAGAUCACACAGUCAGACUGGUUCCCGAUGAGGCAGAUGUUAUAGACGUCGAUGUGCCUAUGACUGAAAGUGUCGCAGAUUAAACACGAAGUCAUCCUGUGAAUGUGAAUUAUCACGCAUAAUAUUAGUUAGGGGCUUUAAAGGUUGUUUGUAGUCAUGGUAACUAGGGUUUAACUUAUUUGUCAUAUCACCAGAUAGUGAACUUAAUAUAUGCGUGAAUUGACUGUAACUUUAUUGACUUUUUCUCGUUGUAAAUUCAUCUACUUCCAUCUGCCAAUCAGUAUUCUCAGUCAAAUAAGUAAAAAUAUAAAUAGUUUUUCUUACAAAAAUAUGAAAUUGAAUGCCAUUUUAAAGCUUUUAUAUUGUAGUUUGUUUGACUAAGGAUAGUGUUUACCUGGCUACAUGUGCAUUUGUAGCUUAACUUUUCCCCUACCCCUUUUAAAUAGAACUGUUUGUAGUACAAUUGCCAAAAAUUAGAACUCGGUGGCCUUUUCUAAAAUUGUUUGUAUAAAAUAUAUUACAGUUGUUUUUAAAAACCUUAAAAUGCUGACGUUUCAUUUAAUAACUUUAAACUUCCUCUAAAUGGUUUGUACUUAAAACCAUGUGGGGCAUGAUCAUCUUGAUAUUUUGUUCUAACAAUUUUUUAUAAAUCCACUAACAUGAGAAAUAAUUAUUCAGGUACUCCACCUCCCCAUCUCCAUGCCAUUUCAUUUGAUUGUGUAUAAAUAGUGGAAGUCAGCUUUAAAAUAUGUACACAUUGUAACUAAUUCCUUCUCAUUCUUGCAAUGAUAUUAUUCAGUCUUGAUUAGUCUUUGUAUUUUAGUACUGGGAUUUGAGAUCAAGUUCAGAAUUGAGGAAUGGAAAGUCAAAAGCUGAUUGGUCCCAUUUCAAGGAAGUAUGCUUUCAUGACUUUGUUUUUAUUGAUUUUUGACAGAACACUUUAUUUAAAAUGAUGUUAAAAGUAUGUUUUAAAAUACAUGUAAAUACAAGAACAUGCAUAAAUAUACAAACAUAAAAUAUUUAACAUCAAGUCAUUAGAUCAUAUAAGCAGAUUUCCAAAAUAUAUCAGAGGUCAUGAGAAUACUAUGUAAUAAAAUACAUUGUAGUAAUAUUGCAAUUCCCUCAGAACUAUAGAACUAAAAUAGUAAUUAUUUCAUUGUUCUCACAUUAUUAUACAACUUGGUCCUAUGCUACAAAGAGUUAAAAUAAAGUCACCAAAGAAUGCAACAUAUGAUAUUGCUUCAUUAAGAUUCCAUCUACAAAUAAUUGCCUCCAAUUUUAUCAUACUAUGAGUAUUAAAUUUACUGUUGUCACUAUAAUUGUGAAUGCAGUGGAGAAGUCAUAAUAUAAUAAAUGACAAAGAUGUUUACAUGUAAGAGGCAGAUAUUACGUUCACCAUCCCACAAUGGUUUACAUUACAAAUUGAAAUAGUUUUAACAUAAACUGCUAACUUUAAUAGUUUAUAAUCCCAUUGUUGUCUUCUCAACAGAAUUGUUGAGUUUGUACAGUGUACAUGUAUGCGUGUAUUUAAUGAGAAUGUUGAUGUACAGUAAUAAUAACUGGACUGUUUUGUAUCGACUGCUGACAAUACACUUCAGCAUUGUUUCAUGUAGUCAUAUCUUACAUAUAUUGUAUGUAAAAUGUUUACUAUAAGUUGUAUGGAAGGAACAUUUAAUCUAAAAUUUUGCAAUAGUUUGUGAUAGUUUGCAAUGGAAUAAAUGUUUUUGUUUGUUAAA